AUGUCAUAUGCUGGUGUCUUAAGUUUUAUUUGCGAAGAGAAAAAUAGAAAUGUUCAAGGAUUUGAUCAUGUUACAUUUUUGAUUAAAGUCGAACAAGAAGAUGACAAUCAAGCAAUUUUUUAUUUUCUUGAUAAUGAUCUGAUUACAGAAUGUGAUAUUCCUGAAGGUAUUAAAAUCAUAGAAUUAAAUGAAAACGGAACAACCCGAAUUAAAAAUCCUUUUCGAAGAACUCAUUAUUUUUUACUUAACCACCCUAAAAAAUAUGAAGUUUAUUAUAAUGAAAAAAAAAUUUAUGCAUUAAUUUCUGAACAAAAAAGAUAUGCUAUUUAUAAUUAUAUAAAAUCUAGUAGUCUUAAACAAUAUGAAUUAGAAAAAUGUAUUAACAAAGCCCUUAAUGUAAUUAUCAAAUUAGAGGAUAAUUGA